GCGCGGCCGGGACGCGGGGCCGGGGAGCGGCGCCAUGCAGAGCCUGAACCAGCUGCGCGCCGAGCAAUUCUCGGCACUGACUGAUGUAGUCUUCCGCUUUUUAACAGAGCCCAAGGAGGUAGAAAGGUUUCUGACUCAGCUCUCUGAAUUUGCCACCAUGAAUGAAAUCAGCCUGGGUCCUCUGAAAAAUAUUAUCAAAAGUAUCCUCUCGAUACCUAACGGGGCCCUGAAGAGGAAUCUGUCAUCUGAACAAGUCAGAGCAGAUUUCAUCGCUCUGGGACUCAGUGAAGAGAAAGCCAGUUAUUUUGCAGAGCAGUGGAAGCUGAAUUCCCCCACCCUGACACGCUUGGCUGUUGGACAGACGCUGAUGAUUAACCAGCUUAUAGAUAUGGAGUGGAAAUUUGGAGUGACCGCAGGGAGCAGUGAACUGGAAAAAGUUGGAAGUAUCUUCUUACAGUUGAAAUUGGUGGUUAAAAAAGGAAGCCAAAUGGAUCACGUGUAUGUAGAGUUAACAUUGCCGCAGUUCUACAGUUUUCUGCAUGAGAUGGAACGAGUCAAAACCAGUCUGGAAUGUUUCAGCUGAAACCCUUAGGGACUGCAUUUAUACCAUAGAGGGGUAAUUUUUCCUUGUGGGCCAACACGUCUGAUCUUAACUCUGCAGAUUUGUAACAUAUUAGAUGAAGAUUGCACUGUUUAAUAAACAACACUGUCAAA